UUUCCCGACUUUUAAUACCAGAUUUUCAAUACUCUACUCAGGUACCCAGGUAGUAUCACGAGAUGUUGUCGUAGUGUUAUGUCGCGCGGAUGAAUAUGUGAGCGUCUUUGCUUCUGUUGGAUAAACUUGUAAACAUGUCUAAAACUUUAGGAUUUAAACGUCAAAUUAUUGUGAUUUUAAUUUUUAUUACCAUAGUGACAUGUUUGAUCAGUAUGAAAAAACUUCAAUUAUUUCGGUAUCCGAUGCAAAAAUAUUUAAAUAUAUCUCAUAAAGACCACACAUUUAUCAAGUCUAUAUUAGGAAUGCAUAUAAAAAUAAACGGAAGUGAGGAAUUUGGGGAAGUAUUACAACAACUCAUCAGAAACCAUACGAUGGGAGUAAAUGAGAAACCAUCGAAUAUGACAAUAAACAUUACAACGCCAGAACAAAACACGAAAAAGCCGGAUGAAAUAAGAGAAACAGUAUGUGAAAAAUGUUUUACUCAUGAUUUUAAAUAUUUGAUAAAUAAUGAGAAAAUAUGUAAGAUAAAUAGCGACAACAACGAUACAAUAGAUUUGUUUAUCAUGAUUUUGACAGUACAUAAGAACUUUGAACAACGUGACGUCAUUCGCAGAACGUGGCUGUCAUAUUCCAAGAACAAUACUGGUAACGUGCGUUAUGCGUUUUUGCUCGGCAAGCCGGCAAAUGAUGAUCUUCACGAAAAAGUUGUUCAGGAAAAUAACGUGUACCAUGAUAUAAUAAAGGAAGAUUUUGUUGAUACAUAUAUGAAUUUGACUUAUAAGACCAUAAUGGGAUUUAAAUGGGUAGUGACGUUUUGUCCUAAAGCUAAAUAUAUUCUCAAAACAGACGAUGACAUGUAUAUAAAUGUACCAAAUUUCGUAAAUUACGUUAACACAUCUGGUGUAGAGUUAGAAAAUCAUGUUGUCGGAUCUUGUGAGAAAAUUGCAAGUCCAAUUAGGAACACUGAUUCUAAAUGGUAUGCCUCUAAAGAAUCAUACAAAGAAAGACGGUUUCCUGGUUACUGUUCUGGGACCGGCUACAUUACAAGUUUCAAUAUAGUGAACAAAAUAUUUGCCAUAUCCCCUAAAAUUCCAUUUUUUCAUCUGGAGGACAUAUAUGUUGGUCUUUGUUUAAGGAAAAUUGGAGGAUCUGUAAAAAAUAAAGGUGGUUUCAAUCGAGGCAGGGUGAAAUUAAAUGCAUGUGUUUAUAAAGGUAAAACCAUGUUUACGUCACACCAAGUGACGGCAAAACAAAUGGAAACUAUAUGGAACUCUAAGUGUCAAUCAUAAUAAGUCUAGUAUCUCGUUGAUAUUAACAUUAAUGUUUAUUUUUUAAUUUGUUCAGACUUAACCACGUGUAAACAUGUACUUGAGAUGGCGUUAAAAUUCGUGGCUGCAAUAAGCGGACUAACAGACUCCACGUGAUGACUGAUAUAUGUGUCCUUGUUUUCUUGAUUUCUUUGUUGUGCAUCGUCGUAACAAAAUUAAUAAUACCACUGCUAGAAGUGCUACAUGCUCAUAUAUCUUACAGACAAUGACACUUUAUAUACUUGCUUUUCAACUACAGUAAGUUGUUACUAUGAAGCUUGACCAUUUAAGUGCUAGCUCAUUUCCGGUUGUAAUCUACAUGAUCGGAAAAUUCAGACAUAGUUGGCAUUAACAUGUCUGAUGUCAGUAAAAUGAUAUCAUGGAAAUUCCUUCUUCGUAAAUGUUCUGAUAUCUCAUUCACUUAAUGUAGGAAGUGAUAAUAAUAGAGAUCUUACCAUUUCGUUGCAUUUGACAUGUUUUUUCUUCCUUUUUUAUUUAUUUUGUUGUUGUUGUUGUUGGUUUUGCUGUUGUUUUUGCUUUAUUUAUUUUUAAGUGUAUGACAUAUGACAAGUUUAAGAAUAUUACUGGGAUUAGAGCUGUCGAGCGUACUACGAAAACAAUUCAAACAUCUUAUUCUUAUUUUGGUAUUGAUCUUAUCAUGUCGCUGAUGCUGAACAUAUUUGUUAAAGGAGAAGAACCAUAUAAGCAACGCUUUGCUCUCCUUGUUAAUAUUUCAAUGGCAAAAACUGGAAUCUCUUUAUUUAGAAAAUCUAUGGGAUAUUUAAUGAAUCCACAUCAAACCAUCGUUAAUGUUCAAAAUAUAGCAAAACAUAACGUCUUCUUUAAAUAUAUUUUUAUCCGAAUAUAUGUACAUGUCUAUAACCGGGUCUAGAGAUAACCUUUACAAUGCCUGCUAUAUAUGAUUUGUUUAGUUUUAUCAAAUAACAAACAUGUUUGCUUUUGCACAUUAUUUAUUGCCGCUUGAUAUAAAAAAACGGGUUAUCUAAUUGUAAAUCAAUUUCAAUUUGUCGUCUGCGGUACUCAAUACUGCCUGUUACUUGUUUUACAGUUUAUUUGAUAAAAUCUUCCUAUGAAUAACAACCUAAAAUAAAGAAAUUAUUGCUAUCAAUUAGAAGUACACUGCUUAGGUAACGCAUGCUAGAUAAAUACUUAUUAAUUUGUAGCAUUAAUUCCCUGAUAUUUCAAUCAAUAUCGCCUGCAAAUAUCGAUAAAGCCUCUAGAGGAUGACGGUAAAUUACUGUAAAAACUUCACAUGUACAUGUACUUUUACCGAUAGACCGCUUUGAGCAUGCUUUGUUUACCUGAUGAAAGAAAAAGCUUCAAAUUUAGGCCUUUAUGAUUUAUUCAUUUCUGUGAAGAAGAUUUGGAGAAGUAAAGACAAGAGAGAGAGAGAGUACAUGCAAAAAGAAAUUGAGAAAAAGAUGUAGUUGUAAAAUCUUAGAACGAAAAGUUUAGCAUUGCUAAGAACACGGGACUUUUGUCUUACUCUCUUUUUAAUAGUCCGUCAUUUCCAUAGACCUCUCCUCUAUUAUAAAUAAAUCGAUACCAAUCACAACACUUUGCAAUUCUCCGCCAUAAACAUAAACAUAGCCUUACUGUGCUGAAUUUUGUAUGUUUGUCCAACAAUAUUGACCCGGCACUUCAUUAAUUUUCGUAAAGGUCAUUUGAUAAACACUGGCAUCUAACGAAUAUAUCGACAUUUUUGUUAAUUUUACACGUCAGUGAGGUGUGAUAAAUUGGUAGAGAUGCCGGACUAGUGAUCUGAAGGUCUCUGGUCCGAUACCAAAAUACAUCACAUCUUGAAGAUACGCAUUUUUUUAUAUUUUAUUUUGGAAUUUACGUGCAAGAAUUAAUUUGAAAUCGUUUUACUACAUCUGGUUGUAGGAUAGCUUUUGCGUAGUGUUUUUAUACAGUUAUAUGUUUAAUUUCAUUACAUUAUCUUUAAUAAAAAUUACAGCGCGUUUAUACACAGACUAAAUACACACACAAAAAAGUCAAAACGGUUUGCACAAGUUUUAAGAGAAAUUGCAAUUUUAAGAUAAAAAUAAGAAAAGAAAUAAAAGUGGCUGAACCAGGAUUCAGACAUACAAGUUUAUGUCUAUAUUCUUGACGUGAAAUACUUUUACAGACAACGCUAAAGGGGGAU